AUGGAAGACGGUGACGUGUACGUGAGAGAAGAGGGCGAUCGGCCCAUGGAGCACUCGCCUCGUGGACGGUACAUCCGCUUUGACAUUCGACUUGGCACAGGUGCGUACAAGUCGGUGUACAAGGCGUACGACACGGACCAAGGCAUUGACGUGGCGUGGAACGCUAUUGACAUUGGACUCUUGCCAAGCACGGAGAAGACGCGGAUCAUCCAGGAAGUCCAGUUGCUGCAGAAACUCGAGCACAAGAACAUUAUCAACUUUUACGGGAGCUGGUUUUGCAAGGAGAAGAACCAGGUGGUGUUUAUCACCGAGAUCAUGACGUCUGGGACGUUGAAGUCGUAUAUUAAACGCGUGCAAUUCAUCAAGUGGAAGAUUAUCAAGCGCUGGUGUAUCCAGAUCCUCGAGGGGCUGCACUACUUGCACAGCCAGAAUCCGCCAGUGAUUCAUCGAGAUUUAAAGUGUGACAAUAUCUUUGUAAAUGGCAACACGGGCGAUCUUCGGAUAGGAGAUUUGGGACUGUCGACCCAGCUAGCAGUGGACAAACGCUCUAAGGCACAGAGCGUACUCGGUACACCUGAGUUCAUGGCACCGGAGCUGUACGACGAAAGUUACGAUGAAAAGGUGGACAUUUACGCGUUCGGAAUGUGCGUGCUAGAGAUGGUGACUAAAGAAGUACCAUACUCGGAAUGUAUAAAUCCGGCACAGAUUUACAAAAAGGUUACUGCUGGUAUUCGUCCAAGAGGUCUGCAACGUGUUGUCAGUCAAGCUGCGUGUGAUUUCAUCGAGUUGUGUCUGUCGCGCGGGAACGGACUGGUCGACGUAACGGCUCAAUAUCUAUUGGACCACCCGUUCUUGAAAGCGCAAGAUGAUGAUAAUGACAUGGUUGAGUGCCUGGAUGAAGACAAACUCGAGCGUGGAGCAAAAGAAGCGCAGCAACGGUUAGAAAGGGUUGCUGAGGAGUCCUUUGCAGUGGAGUUUAAUAUGGAAGGUGGAUCCAAGGACAGUGUUGCGUCUGCAGUCAGUGGGCGGAGGACACAGUUUACGUCGCUUUCAUCAGAGCUCGACGGAAUGUCAGCGAUGUCUUCCGUGAGCGGUGCUACUUCUGCUCCCGGGAGUGUCACAAGUGCAUCGGUGCCUUUUGCAAAUGUCUCUGCUGAUGUAAAUAUGACCGGCACGAACCGUUUGAUAAUGGUGCCGCCAGCAGGAGCUGAUGGCAACACUGUAACACCGUCCCCGUCUACCGGAAUGGUUCCACAAUUAUCGUCAGGAUCCGCGUCUGCGCUGACACCGACACCUCUGAUGCUGGCACCAUUACUAGCUCCUUCGCCAGCGCCAAUACGUACGCCCACUCCUCCACCAGAAGAAUCGCCUAAGUUAACGUACUCGCUCUCUCAGCCUUUUAUCAACGAGAUGGUUAGCGCUGAUGAACCGUUAUCGAAAGGCAAGAAAAGCGUUGACACGCAUGUGGACCAGUUUCUCGCGACACUGCCUGGCUCGGAGAGUGCAAUCCAGAACACGCGGAUAAACAUCAUGGGUGGUAGAGGCCACCGACUUGACUUGGAAAACGAUGUCAUGCCAAAAUAUGCCGAAAGUCCUGUGGAAUCGCCGUUGUCCAGUAGUGUCGAAACGCCAGGGCACUUGCAGUCGUUUGCAGGUGAACACACAGCAGCGUACACGGAUGCUGCCGAACACUCUCAGUCGGCCUCUGGGAUGUUUAUGCCACACCAACAACUUGAAGGCCCGAUUCCUUCAAUGCAGCUGCCGGAACGUGACAUGGAGCCUCAGGUUGGUCUAACCCGCCGUGCUAGCAUUCAUGAUCCGUUCAACACAGUGGCUGCCUCUGAAGCCGCAUCCCGUCAGCCGGCAUCUCCACCUCAAGCAACGUCUCAAUCGGCUGCAAGCAGUGCGAACGCACGAAAGCGCGCAAAGCGACAUGAGAUUAAAGCCGUCAAGGAUCCGGACAAUGAGCACAGCAUUCUACUGAAUUUACGCAUCAUCAUCGACGGCAAAUCAAAGGAGAUCAAGUUUCCGUUCAACUUGUUCGCUGAUAGUCCUCAUGAAGUUGCGUGCGAAUUGGCCGUGGACGUGGGUAUAUUGGAGCCGGACCUUGAAGACAUUGCCGACUCGAUCCGUUUUCUUGUCACCGAGGGCAAAAUUAAUAACCUCUCCGACGUGCAAGAAGAUGUCUGGGAAGAAGCGCCCGAGCCCCAUUCGUUUUCUUCGAUUCCGUUUCCAAAUGUGUCAAAGAUGUCUUUAGUACACACGCCACCUGAUGCGACGGCGCACCAGCAGCCACAAAUAUAUCUGCCGUCUCUGGAAAGUACGCCAAGUGCUUCACCAGAAGUACCGGCUUUUGUACACCAAAGCGUGUUGGGCACCAGUAGCACCGCCAGUGCUACGCUAUCCGGUAUGCAGGCGCCUCCGGAGGGAGAAUCGUCAGUAUCGCAAGAGUCCGUCCACGCUGCAAGGUUGAGCGACUCAUCUGCCACGUUGAUGGCACCAGAAGGGGGCAGUUCUUCUGGCAGCAGUAGCGAAAGUGCUCACCCGCAAUUUUCUGGCAACGAACCUGGUCGGUCGCCACCGCGGCCUGGCCUCUUGCAUAGUGCUAGUGAGUCCGGAUUUACAACCGAGGCCUUGAUGAGUAUUUUGGAGCAGCAAGCUCGUGGUGUUUCGAUGGGUUCCAUCGUUGAUCCAACGUAUGCGCAGCAAAUUCACCAGCUGGAAGACCGCUUGAAGGUUGCGCGGUCUUCCUUCGAUGAUCGCGAGUCAUCGCUGGAAGCCGCGAUUCGUAGUGAAGAGGAGAAGCACCAGCGAGAAAUUGAGCGUUUUCGAAAGAAGAUGGAAGAGUUCGACAAGCAACGUGCUGCCAUCGCUCGACAGCAGAAUGGGGAAAGCGCCGUGGUUUACGAUGCAAACGGUGGUUCGUCACCUGCAUUGAACGAAAGCCUGCGGCUGCUUGCCCAAGGCGAGUCCUUGGCAAAUACUAGUGGUCAGAUCCCUUCUGUGGUGCGGAUGGAGUGUGACGGUUACGUGAGCCUUCCUGGUGAUGGAUCUGAGGUAAAGUCUUGUCCGCCACCUUCAGCUUCGGCAUCAGUGCCCGUACCUGUCUCAGGUAGUGCGGCAUCAGAAGCGGAUUCGAGUACUGAAGGUGUUGCCUCUCCAGCGUCGGUGCCAGUAGACGAGCUGAUCCCAGAAAGCUAUUUCACGACUUGUGGCACUAUUGGUAAAACGGGAACCGAUGCAACAAACACCACAGCAAACCAGGUAGCGUCAGGGCACUCGUAA